GGGAAAAGGCAAAAAGCGGGUGCGAGGCUCCCUGCCGAGCCCUCCUUACUUGGAAUUCCGCCCGCUCUGCGGACUUGGGAGUCGCGACGUCCAGCCCAGGAUGUGGUGCCACAGGUUGUCCCACCUACAAAGCAGGCUUCAGGAUUUGCUGAAGGGAAGAGUCAUAUGUUGGGCUCUUCAACAGCCCAACUUUAAAAACUUAUUUCCAUUAGCCAUCCGUUGGCACCAUACAGCCUCCAAGUCUCUGAAUUGUGCUUGGCAGCAACAUGAAGAUCAUUUUGAACUGCAAUAUGCUAACACCGUUAUGCGCUUUGAUUAUGUCUGGCUUCGAGACCACUGCCGCUCAGCAUCUUGCUACAACUCGAAGACACACCAGCGCAGCCUGGACACUGCCAGUGUGGAUUUAUGUAUCAAACCAACAACCAUUCGUCUAGAUGAAACCACACUCUUUUUCACUUGGCCAGAUGGUCAUGUGACUAGAUAUGAUUUGGAUUGGCUGGUGCAAAACAGCUAUGAAGGGCAGAAACAAAAGGUCAUUCAGCCUAGAAUAUUAUGGAAUGCUGACAUCUACCAGCAAGCUCAAGUUCCACCUGUAGAUUUCCAGAGCUUCUUAGAAACCAAUGAGGGACUGAAGAAGUUUCUGCAAAAUUUUCUGCUCUAUGGAAUUGCAUUUGUAGAAAAUGUUCCUCCCACUCAAGAGCACACAGAGAAGUUGGCGGGAAGGAUCAGCUUGAUCAGAGAAACCAUGUAUGGGAGAAUGUGGUAUUUCACUUCAGACUUCUCCAGAGGCGACACUGCAUACACCAAGCUAGCUCUUGAUCGGCACACGGACACUACCUAUUUUCAAGAGCCCUGUGGCAUUCAGGUAUUUCACUGUCUUAAGCAUGAAGGAACAGGUGGCAAGACACUGCUAGUAGAUGGAUUCUAUGCAGCAGAACAGGUACUUCAAAAGGCGCCUGAGGAAUUUGAACUCCUCAGCAAAGUGCCACUGAAGCAUGAAUAUAUUGAAAAUGUUGGAGAAUGUCACAACCACAUGAUUGGGGUUGGGCCAGUCUUAAAUAUCUACCCAUGGAAUAAAGAGCUGUAUUUGAUCAGGUACAACAACUAUGACCGGGCUGUCAUCAACACCGUACCUUACGAUGUGGUCCAUCGUUGGUAUACAGCACACCGGACCCUAACAAUAGAAUUGCGGAGACCUGAGAAUGAGUUUUGGGUCAAACUAAAGCCUGGCACGGUCCUAUUUAUAGACAACUGGCGCGUGCUCCAUGGCCGGGAAUCCUUCACUGGCUCCCGCCAGCUCUGUGGCUGCUACUUAACAAGAGACGAUGUAUUAAACACUGCUCGUCUCUUGGGGCUUCAGGCUUAAAAUUGACAGCAUCGGCAAUAUGAAUACACCUGACACCCUGGCUACCAGAAUUGUAUGUCGGCAGAAAAGUAUUGUGUCAAAACCUACUUCAAGUUGCCUCCUUACCCCAUCCCACAAAACAGAGGCUGCCCCUUUCUCUUCUAGAGGAGCCCUGUUAGGGAGGAGGGCUUCUGAGUCAUCGGACGUCAGCCAUCCCGUGUGCUAGCUCUGCCCCAAGUUGUAACAAGGGUCCGCUUGUGUUUCAAGCCUUUUGAUAUAAUUUUGGUCCAUGUACUUCAGAAAUACAAUCUCCAUACUGAUAGGAAAGCAAUAAUAGUCACUAGGUAAAAAUUGGUUCCAACUAGAUCAGUUAAAAAGAAAUGCAUUCUAGAAAUAUCAAAAUCUUAAUAAAGCAGCAAUUUGCAAAAUUUUUGGUCCAAGGAUGCAUUAACACUCUUAAAAUUUAUUGAGGGCCCCAAAGAGUUCUCGGGUGUGGGAUAUACCUAUUGAUAUUAAUUAUAUCAAAUAUUAAGACUGAGAAAUGUUUAAAACUCAAGAACACAGAAGCACACAUCCCUCAGCUGUCAGUGAGAUGAUAUCGCAUACCACGUAGUCCCUGGAAGAGUCCUCUGUAUACUCAUGAGAUAAUGAGAGUGAAAAAGCAAAUAUCAUCCCAGUGUUAUUAGAAAAAUAGAUUUUAGCCCACAGACCCACUAAAUGGAUCUCAGGUACCCUUCCAGGUGUCUUCAGAUUAUACUUUAAGAACCAAUGAGCUAGAGGUUACCUUAAGACAGUCUUUUACAUAGGCCUGUGGGUUAAAGGGUUUAGCUGAAACCCUGGAUUUUUCUCUGUAGUCUCCUAG